AUGGCUUAUCCGUUUACAAACUUAUUCCUGGUAUUGGUGGGCGUCUGCCUGACCGCCUCACUUCCGAUGGAGCCACAGUCGUGGUUCUCCCUCGUGGAGCAACUGCUCGAGAAAAUGGUGCGAAUGGAGCUCAACGUGGAGGCCAUGAACAAAGAGAUGACACAGGCACAUACUGCUGUGGCGUUCAAUGCUCACACGAUUGUGGACAAGUCACUUGCUACGGGCCAGGUUCUCGUGUUCAGCAAUCCUCUGUUCAACAUCGGGGAGGCGUACAACAGUGGGGCAGGAAUCUUCACGGCGCCUGUCUCCGGAGUCUACUUCUUCUCCGCACACUUCUGUCUUUAUAACAGUAGAUAUUGGUACUACGCAUUCAUGAAAGAGAACGACGUCGUUGUGGUAAAGGGUGUCAAGUAUCAUGCUGGUGCAUACGUGUGCGAGACGGCGAGCGCCGUAGUUCUCCUGCUGCAGAACGAGAGACUAUGGAUAGAGUGUCGUGCAGGAGGCACGGACGACAUGUUAUACAGUGAUUCUAAUCAAAGAAGUUCCUUCUCUGGGGCCUUGCUUCACAGGGUGAAUGGAUACCCGUAG